AUGAAAUUUUCCAAAGUCGCUUCAAUUGCUUUCCUCGCUUUAUCCACUCAGGCUGCUAUCGUUCAAAACAAUCAAGAACCAACCAAGGUCAAAAAGGAUGUUGUUGUUGGAGGUGCUAAUGGUGAUGGUAAUGGUAAUAUUCUCUCUCAAAGAGAAUACAAUUAUGAUGUUCUUGCCAAAGACGAUGAGAUCUCAACUAUUAUUUCAAUUAUAACUAGUGCCCUUACUGAUGUUUUACCAGAACUCAUCAAGAUUAUCAGUGGUCUUUUGGGAGAUGGAUCUUCUCCUAGUGGAGCUCCUGGUUCGUUAGACUUGCAAAAAAUAAUUGACGAUGUCAUUGAGGAAAUCAAAAAGAUCCUUCCUCAAACUGUCUUAGCUGUUCAACAAGGUUCAAGCAAAGUAAAGAGAGAUGCUGCAUCAGAUAUUAUUCAGGAAUUCAUUAACGAGGGAAUCAAACUUACCCCUGAAGUUAUAGCUUUCCUUGAAAAAAUUGUCCCUCAAAUUAUUGGUGCAAUUAUCAAGGAAGCUCCUCAACUUAUUGGAGGAUCUUCUUGA